AUGGCCCAACAACUGUCCACUGGGGACAGGGAUUCCAAUAUUCCCAGGCUGGAGGCGGGACAGACCCGUACAACUUUUGCUAACUUCAAGAAGAUUGUUCAACCUGAGUUUCGUGGAGCCCUCGACCCUGAUAUAGCAAAAGAAUGGCUGGUUGAAAUGGAGAAGGUCACCUUCAAGGAAGCUUUCUACAAGAAGUACUUUCCCCUUUCUGUUCGAGAGUCCAAGGAGAUGGAGUUUCUUCAGCUGAGGCAAGAUAGGAUGAGUAUUGCAGAGUACACAGAGAAGUUCAAAAGACUCUGCAAAUUUUCCGCCAUGUAUAAGGCUAAUCCAGAUGAAAAGUGGAAGUGUAUGAUGUAUCAAGAAGGGCUCGGGACAGAAGUCUUAACCGCAAUAGCCCCACUAGAAAUCCGGGAGUUCUCCUCCCUCGUUAGCAAGUGCCCGGUGAUCGAAGAAUGCACCAAAAAACUAGCGUCAGAAAGAAGCGAGGCUUUCAAGAAAAGGCAACUGAAUCAAGAAUCAUCUCAGCAGCCACCGCAGAAGAAGACCUUUCUUAGAAAACCUACAAGAAGGCAACCUCAACAGGGCAUGGAUUUCCAGGAACCUCCCACUAAUGCCUCACCAAAGACCACCGAACUCAAGGAGUGUGCUUCGUGUGGGAAGAAACGUAGGGGUAGGUGCCUUGCCGGGCAAAAUGUCUACUUCCGGUGUUUUCAGCCGGGGCAUAUCGCCAAUGGAUGCCCAGUAGUUCUCCCACCCCCUGCCAGUCCACCACAGCGUCAGGGGCGAGUCUUUGCCCUCAGCAGUGAGGAAGCCCACGAGUCAGAAGAUCAAAUCGAGGGUAAAUACACAAUUAAUGGAAUCCUUUAA